UGAAUAGGCAAACAACUAUACUGACAGACAUAAGUAGAGAUAAGAGAUUUGUUACCCUGGCGGAUGUAAACAAAUAUCCAGCAGUUUAUACAAACGUGAGCAAAAAUUCCGAGACCCCCAAAGGACGAAGAGGACACGUUUACUGGUGAUACCAUCAUGUGUAGACGCCCUUUAGCGAAGUGGUUUCUUGCCGUAGCUAUCAUGGGGACUUUCUUCGUCACGUUACAGUGGCUGAAUCUCAUCCCCGUACAUAUCAUGUCUCGGAUCCCACAGUUCCCAACAAUUAAUGAUGUUACCAAAAUACAGAAUGUGUCUUUAACCUCAUCGAAAGGAUAUAUCAAAGAAACACGAGCAGGAACUGUCCAUUCUUUUAAAGACGAAAUCAUACAAUCCAAAAGCAAAAUUGUCAUGAAGACUAUAUUGAGAUCGCCGAUGGCGGCUAUUUCAAGGAAUAUUCUGGAUCGCUAUCUUGAGUAUCGUCAGAUAAAGAGAGUGCAAAGUUUUAAGGAACUUUAUGAUCCUCGUUUUUCUGUGGUAGAGAUUGACAGGAAAUCAGGGUCUUUAAUAGCUGGUUCAAAACUCACCAUCAGAAUAUCUCUUUAUAAUGGUUUUAAUCAGUCUUUGACUCAGGGAGGCGACCUACUCAAUAUUUGGCUUCGAAAUGCAAAAGGAACCUCCGCUGUGGCUGGUCACGUAGUCGACCAUAUGAACGGAAAUUACACAGGUCAUGUGAUGGCGUUUUGGGCAGGAAAUGUUAUUUUGAAAUUGACUGUCACAAACACAAAAGAAGGAAUCGGUUUAUAUACCAACUACGUGCAUGAGCGUGGAGCUUAUCAAUUCAUAAAGGCAACAUUUUCAAAUGGCAAUAAAACUGAGAUGACACUAUGUGCAGCAUCAAAGUCUAACUGGCUGGAAAAAAGAUACGGAGGCUUAUGUAACCUUACGAAGGAAAAUUACAACAUAUCUUUUUUCUGCGGGAAGCCAAGGUCCCUUUCAUGUACGAGCUGGCUUAAAUAUUCCCGUGAUAAUGAUCUGCAUUUUGACCUAAAUACAUCGAAAAUACUCAGUUACAAGGACAGGCUGUUGAAGCGGAUUAAACUGACCAUUAUUCCAAGUGCCAAUGGCGAUCUAGACUACCCGAUGCCUAAAACACCAUGCAAAGAUUUGCCUCCCGCUUUAACAUGGAACAGCACAGUACCAUCCGGUUUCCUCCACAGAGGAAAGUAUCACAAUCUUAUAUGUCGACAAACAGUAGAUCCCAGUUGUGAAAAAUAUCGGACAUGUCUAAAAGACCGACACGUUAUUUCCAUUGGUGAUUCUACAACAAGACAAUGGUUCAUCCGUCUGGCGACAGUUUUGGGAAUAAGCGGUUCAAUUGGUAUUCCAUCAAAUAAAGUAUGGCAAAAGUUUGCUCGUGCGUACAACCAUACAAUGGGACUUGACACGGAAUGGCAACCGCAUGAACUUCCAUUCUUCGGGUGGAAUGCGAACAGAAAGAACAAUAAGUCUGUAGCUAACAGACUAGACAGGAUUCCAAGUAGCAGCGCCGCCAUCGUAAUUAUCCACUGGUACGCCCAUAUCGCGGCGUGUUGUGACCACAUAGCCUUAAGGCAACGUGUGCGCAAUGCCAAAGCGGCUAUGACGAGGCUCCUGGAGAGGUCCCCGAAUGUUCAAAUUUUCAUUAAAGGUCCUCACCUCGUGACAUAUGCACAUGCUUUGGCACCAUUUAAAUAUAUUGGUAUGUUCGUAGAACAGGUUUUACUGGAAGAGCUUAGUAAUUUUACCGAUAGAAUUAUCUACCUUGACCAGUGGGACAUGUCGGUAGCAACAGAAAACAUCGAUAUACAUCCUGACUCCACGUUGGACGAUCUUUCACUAAACAACCUCAUCAAUUUUGCAUGUAAAUUACACUGAGUUAAUAUAAACCUUU